AUGUCUAGAGGCCCCGAAAAAGUAGACGAUUGCACAAUAGAAGACAUCAAAUCCUCCUCGGAAACACCAGACCGAUCUGAUCGCGAUGCCGAGAAACGACUUCUCCGCAAAUGUGACCUCCACGUCGUCCCCAUUCUUACUCUCCUUUUCAUGUUCGCCUUCCUGGACCGUAUCAACAUCGGCAAUGCACGGCUGAUGGGUCUGGAAGAUGACCUGGGCAUGAGCGGGCAUCAGUAUAAUAUCGCGCUGUUUGUGUUCUUCAUUCCGUAUAUCCUAUUUGAGGUACCGAGUAAUAUGAUCCUGAAGAGGGUGAAGCCAUCGUGGUGGUUGAGUGGGAUCAUGUUUGCAUGGGGUACCAUCACGAUCUGUCAAGGCGUCACGGCCAGUUUCAGUGGUUUAGUAGCCUGUCGGGUAUUAAUAGGACUCUUCGAGUCUGGCUUCAUGCCUGGCGCGGUAUACCUAAUAAACAUGUACUAUCGUCGUCACGAACUCCAAUGGCGACUUAACCUCUUCUUCAGCGCCAGCAUCAUCGCCGGUGCGGUCAGUGGUCUCCUCGCCUACGCCAUCAACAACAUGUCCGGAAUAGCUGGGUACGAAGGCUGGCGCUGGAUUUUCAUCAUCGAAGGCCUAGCCACAGUAGUGAUAGCGGUGAUAUCCAAAUUCAUCAUCGUGGACUGGCCUGAGUCGGCCAAGUUCCUAGAUGAUGGCGAGCGAGCUCUACUUCUCGCCCGUCUGAAAGAAGACCAGGGCGAAGCGAGAAUGAACCGAUUCGAUAAGAAGUCGAUGCGGCGAACAUUCUCGGAUCCGAAGAUUUACCUUGGCCCGAUAAUGUACUUCGGCAUCGUAAACACAGGCUACGCCGUAUCCUUCUUCACCCCCACCAUCCUCCACCAACUCGGCUGGACCGCAGUCCGCGCUCAGGUAAUGAGCAUCCCAGUAUACGUCGUAGCAACCAUCACUACACUCUCCGCCGCCCUCCUCAGCGACCUCCUCCGCCACCGCUACCUCUUCACUCUCACCGGCUGCCUGGUAGCAACGAUGGGCUACGUAAUCCUGUUGGCGCAAUCCACCGUCCCCGUCGGCGCCCGCUACUUCGCCAUCUUCGCCGUCACCAGCGGCGGGUACCUGACGCAGCCAAUCCUCAUGGGCUGGCUUAGCAACAACAUGGCGGGUCAUUACAAGCAGAGUAUCGCAUCGGCAAUGCAGAUUGGGUUUGGGAAUUGCGGCGGGCUGGUCGCCAGUAAUAUCUUCUUUGAAGAGGAGGCGCCGGGGUAUCGCACCGGGUAUGGGGUUAGUCUGGGCAUGACGUGGGUUUGUGGGAUUGCUUGUGUGCUGUUCCUGGGCUAUUUGGUUAGGGAGAAUCGGGUGAGGGCAAGGGGUGGGAGAGAUUAUCGGUAUCAGUUGCCCAGGGAGGAGUUGGAGAAUCUGGGGGAUGAUCAUCCGGGGUUUACGUUUACCUACUGA